AUGGCAAAAGUAUCAUUUUUCAAAAACUAUAGGGUGUACCUGCUCACUACGGUGGCAUACAUGGGCUCGCUCCUCUUCGAUCGCGACUUAGGAUAUGACACGGGAGUGAUGGGUUCAGUUCUCGCGCUCUCCUCCUUCAAGGAAGACUUUGGACUUCCCACGAAGAAAGGGGGGUUCGCAGAUGCCAAGAAUGCGAAGGUUGUCUCAAACACCGUAUCACUGCUUACAGCAGGUUGUUUUUUCGGCGCCAUCGCUGCUGCAUUUCUUAAUGACCGUUUUGGACGCCGCUACUCGCUUAUGGGAUUCUCCUUGGUGUUCUUGGUCGGUGCCGCAAUUCAGACAGCUGCUACGCAUCACAUUGGCCAGAUCUAUGGCGGUCGGGUCAUUGCUGGUCUGGGUAUCGGUGGCAUGAGCAGUAUCACUCCUGUCUUCGUCGCCGAGAACUGCCCGCCCGCUGUGAGAGGAAGGAUUACUGGAUUGUUUCAGGAGUUUUUGGUGAUUGGCAGCACGUUUGCGUACUGGCUCAACUAUGGCGUUGCUCUGCACAUCAAGCCAUCGACAAAACAAUGGCGUAUCCCCGUUGCUAUUCAGUUGAUCCCAGGAGGAUUCCUCUUCAUCGGCCUAUUUUUCCUGAAGGAGAGCCCGAGAUGGCUGAUGAAGCAGGGCCGCUAUGAAGAGGCCACGAGCUCGUUGGCUUAUAUGCGGAGGGAAGACCCCAAUGACCCAGAUAUCGUGAAGGAGAUUGCUGAGAUCAGGGCGUCGAUUGAUGAGGAGCUUUCGAUGACCGAAGGCGUGACAUGGAGGGAGUGCAUCACGCCUGGUAACAGAUACCGCUUCUUGUCUGGAUUUGUGAUCAUGCUCUGUCAACAGUUUUCUGGCACAAAUUCUAUCGGUUACUAUGCACCUCAAAUCUUCCAGACCGUUGGUAUAUCCAAAACCAACACUUCUUUAUUCGCCACCGGCAUUUAUGGCACAGUCAAGGUCUUCACUACUGCCAUAUUCCUUCUUAUUGGCAUCGACAAACUUGGACGCCGCAAGUCCUUGAUUAUGGGAGCCGCGUGGAUGAUGACGAUGAUGUUUAUUCUUGGCGCUAUCUUGCACACCCAUCCACCUACGAAUGUCGAUGCUGUGUCGCCGGCCUCCAUCGCCAUGGUAGUUAUGAUCUACUUCUACGUGAUUGGCUACUCUGCAUCCUGGGGCCCUAUUCCAUGGGUGUACCUCUCCGAGAUUUUCCCCACGCGCCUUCGAUCAUACGGUGUAGGUAUGGGCGCUGCGACUCAAUGGCUGUUCAAUUUCGUCAUCACGGAAGUCACGCCCAACGCUAUUAACCACAUCGGAUGGCGAACAUUCUUGAUGUUUGGUAUCUUUUGUGCGGCUAUGGGAGUCUGGGUAUUCUUUUUCGUGAAGGAGACGAAGGGUCGUUCUCUUGAGGAAAUGGAUAUCCUGUUUGGGACUGUGAAUGCGGAGCAGAGAGCGGAGGAUGUGGAGAAGGUGUUGCAUAAGAAAUAUAUGAAUGAGGAAGCGGAGGUGGCUGCUGGUGGGGAUCACAAGGGAGCUUCAGUGGGCCUCGAAGAUGUAUCUACAGUCCCUGCUCCUGCGAAGUAA